AUGGCGUCCCUCGAAGAGCUUCUCGAUAGCCUCCACUACCUCUAUCCGGCAUUGGCCUUCACCUAUUUUGCAAUUGCUUCUGCUGUUGCUGUGUGCACUCUUCAGACUUUGCGGGCAGCCAAUAACCCAGGCAAAGAGUUCAUCCCUCGGUCAUGGAUCCUCAACCUUAUCGUUGCCUUUGUCCUUACCUACGUCGCCCAGAUUGCCGUCAUUGCCAUUCAGUCCAUCAUCCUUCAAGAAUGGAUUGGUCAGGAGCAUGAGGUUAUUGGCUUGCUGUCCUGCAUUCUUGUCUUUGGUACUCAAUUGGCCUUCCUUUCCGACACAGAACACCCUGUGUGGACACCGUACUGGGGCUCGUGGCUCAUUUCCUUGGUUUUUGAGCCCAUGAUUGGAGUGCCAGAUCUCAUUAUCAGACGCUCCAGCACUUUCGAGCACUGCCGCAUUGCUCACCUUGUCUUUGCUGGUCUUCGCUACUAUCUACUUCUUACCAUUGUCUCCAUCUACGUUGUUCAGCGUAUCCGAGCUAGCCAGGAAGAAUCGACAGACGAAGAACGGCAGUCUCUUCUCGGCCAAGAUGACCCAAAGUCGCGAUUGAGCAGCUCAGGAAACGGGAGCCAGAGCUCUACUUCUACGUACGGAACGACAAGUGAUCCACCAGAGUCGUACUGGGCAGAACGCCAGCGAAAGGCACAGGAGGAGAUGGAGAAGCGCCUUCAGGAAGAGGGUAACUGGCUAACGUACAUUAAGGGUUUCGGCAUUUUGUUCCCCUAUAUCUGGCCUGUCGGACAGAAAUCCCUGCAAUUACGCCUUGUCCUUGUUGGACUCUGUCUGCUCGCCGGCAACGCUCUCAACCUCUUGAUCCCGCGUCAAUUCGGUAUCAUCGUCGAUGAGCUCAAGGACAAGAACUUCAGCAGCGCUUGGUACGGAGUUGCGAUCUACGGUCUGCUCAGAAUCGCUGCUUCUGACGCUGGUAUUGAGUUUCUGCGAGAAUGGCUCUACCUGCCUCUUGAGGUAUACGCCGAUGGGGCUCUGAGCACAGCAGCUUACCGACAUAUUUUGAACCUCUCAGCCGACUUCCACGAUUCGAAGAGCACAUCUGACAUCAGCCUGGCCAUGUAUGGCGGGUCAAGUGUUUCCGAUCUCCUGGAGUCUAUCUGUUUUCAAGCUCUUCCCAUGCUGAUCGACCUGGUUGUUGCCAUUGUUUACCUCUCGGUUAUCUUGGGGCCUUAUGAAGGUCUCAUCACCCUGGCGACCAGCACACUUUUCUUGUUCAUCGCUACGAAGAUGAUUGCUGUGAUGAAGGAACGCAGACGGGCCCACGUGAACGCCCAGUACGCCGAGCACUACGUACGCCAGACUGGAAUCACGGGUUGGCAUACGGUCGCAUCCUUCAAUCAGACGACAUAUGAAGAUGUGCGCUACUCUAACGCAAUUCACACCCGCAUCAACUGGACUAAGCGUGUACGUCUCGGGUGGUUUACUGCGCAAGCAUUCCAGUCUUUGGUUCUUCUCUGUGGUCUGUUGGCCGGCGCGAUUCUGGCUGUGUACAGGAUCAAAAAUAGCAAGGCCACCCCUGGUGACUUGACAAUGCUCCUGAUGUACUGGGCUCAACUCACGUCUCCACUGCGGUUCAUGGCCAGCCUCGGGAAGAAGAUUGGAAGCGAUUUGAUUGAUGCCGAGCGACUAUUGGACAUCAUGAAGAAGGAGCCAACAAUCGUAAACAAGAAGGGGGCCCGUCCCCUGAAGCUUAUUGGUGGCAACGUCGAUUUCAAUGACGUGAGCUUCACCUAUGAUUCCAAGAAGAAGAUCAUCAACAACAUCUCUCUUUCUGUUCCCGGCGGCCAGACGGUGGCCUUUGUUGGUGCUACUGGUGCCGGCAAGUCCACCAUGUUGAAGCUACUCAACCGUUUCUACGACGCCAGCGAGGGAUCCAUCUUGAUUGAUGGGCAGGAUGUGCGUGACGUUGAUUUGCACAGCCUCCGUGACCGCAUUGGCUUGGUGCCCCAGAAUCCUGUGCUCUUCGACGACACGAUCAUUAGCAACAUUCGGUAUGCGAGAAUCACCGCUUCUGACGAUGAGGUCUUUGAAGCUUGCAAGGCUGCUUGCAUUCAUGAUAAGAUCAUGACUUUCACCGAUGCAUACAACACGCGAGUUGGUGAGAGGGGAAUCAAACUUUCCGGCGGCGAGCUGCAGCGUGUUGCUAUUGCCCGGGCAAUUCUCAAGCAGCCCGAGAUUGUGCUUCUGGACGAAGCGACAAGUUCAGUGGACACCGACACAGAGCAGAAGAUCCAGCAAUCAUUCAUGCAGCUCUGCAAGGGACGAACCACAUUCAUUGUCGCGUAUGUAUUCCGUUUUCUUCAUGCCUCUAUUGUUCACAUCCUUGCCACGGUGCCACUGAGCUACCGGGUUCAUGUGCUAACCAGACACAGUCAUCGACUUUCAACCAUUAUGAACGCCGAUCGCAUUGUUGUCAUCGAGGAUGGUGAGGUUGUCGAGCAGGGCAAUCAUGCCGACCUCGUUACCGCUCAGGGAAGGUACGCAGACUUGUGGUCUAAGCAAACCUUCCUGAAGCCCAAGGAUGACGAUUCCGCCAUCAACAAGAAGUCGUCUGCAAGUGACACCGACGAGUCCACGCUCGAUGGCACAUCGGAGAUAGAUGCUUCUGCGUCUGAGGACACCCACACGACACCGACUCAGGCGAGCAAGGGAAACGAGGCUGUUCAGACUCCCGGUAAUCACAAGAAAGAGGGAUCUCGAUUGAACCCCGUUGCACCCGAAUUCACGCCCAAGUCGACCCCCAUCACCAAAAUUUCUUUUCCAUCCCCCACUCGCCAGCCCAUCACAAAUUCCGCGAAGCCACAUGUCUCGCCCAUUCGACAGACUCCCAAGCGGGUUUUGAAUUGGGCGAGCGCGACUUCUUCGGAUGACGAUUCCUCCCCACGAUCCACCGUUGACACCACGACCAUUUCUGCCGGCAGCCGCGCUCAAGUAAGCUUUCUUUCUGGUAAGCUUCCCUUCAUGGUGUAUGAUAGCUCCGAGGAAAAGAUUCCUGACCGCGAUAUGGCGUUAGAUGCUCGACACGACAGUAGAGUACAAGACUCUGACAACGACUCGGUGGACACUGUCAUCAAGCUUGAGCCUCCCCUAUUCAGAACCCCUCACCCUACUGCCCGUCGCUACAACGCCAUGAGCGAUUCCAAUGGACAAGCUUGUGGCGAUACUGAUGCGAUGGACCAAAGUGGCGAUGAUGCUGAUGGAGUCAUUGCUGUAAGAUCCUCACAGCCAUCCAUAGCCGAGCCAGAAACUAAUCGGCUGCAGGAGGUACGCCAUGUAUCUGCACCGGUCUUGAAGUUGAAGACCGUCACACCGGGCCAGGAGACUCGUGCUUCCCCAAUGACCAUCAUCGUAUCCAAAGACUUGAUCAACGACAAGCUGCCGACACCCGGCUUGACUAGCACUCCUGUCUGUCGCCACAAGGAGAAUGUGCCUGAGGGAUCUCACGGUCCGGUUACAACCAAAUCAACGACGUCAUCAUCUCCUCUCAAGGAGGUCACGCAGUCUAACUCAGCUGCAUCCUCGCUCGCUCGAGAUUCUCAGCAGCCCAACAACAAUCGUGGUCAGAGAAAGCGAUACAACCGAGGCGGAGGCCGUGGGCGUGGUCGCCAUGGCCAUGCGAAACCCCCCGAUCUGGGCGCUCAUCAUUAG